AAAAAAGAGAAGCCCUUAAGCGAGAAUUAUUAGCCCAAACCAGAGCAGAAUGUGAAGCAACAAAUAAAGCUCUACAAGAACAAUUGGAAAAACAAGAAAAACAAAAUCUCGAGUUGGUUCAAGAAUUACAGCAAGCUAAAGAUGAGAAUGAUCUAGGCAAAAUAACCAAAAUAAUGUCCAUGAUGAAGGACAACGAUAAAAACUAG